GGAUAUAGCGAGUUGUUACAUCUGCAAGCCCCUGCCUAUCGCCAAAAUACCGACAAAAGGACUUGACUGCCAGUCGCCUCCCUUCUACGCUCCGCGAUUGCCAGCCGCGCACAAGCCUGCUCCACGCCGCGCCGCCACUCUGCCCCAAUCCUUUCCAUUGAGUCUUCGAGGGCGACUUGGGGAGGGGUGGGGGAAUGAACGGGGAGACGUGCGUGUCUUAUUGUGACAUGAGCAGCAUGGAUUCUUACUACAACCCGGGGCCGCAGGGGAGAGAACACCAGCACUCGCCCUUCAGAACAUUCCAGCCCGCUGACAAGUUCGGCCCCAAUUUCCUGCCCAACAAAGGCCAAAGUUACGGCGACAAGACGAGGAAUCCAUUUCAGCAGGAAUGCGAGCCGCUGGACGCCAACGUGCAAGCGACGACGGGAGACAGCGCCUUUAACAAAUAUCUGUACAUGCAGACCGCUGGCAGGACCAGCAAAUCUCCCGCUCACAACAAGAAGAUUCAAGACUCCAGUCACAACGGCGCCCUGAUCCCCUGCUACGCUAAAGACAGCGCGUUGGGGGAGUCGGAGUUGUCGCCGAGCGCCGAGCCCGGUCUGAUGGACAACUACCUCGGUGUGAAGGAGGCGGCCAUGAAAGGCAGCAACAGCGAGCUGCCCGGCGCCAUGGACAAGGGAGAGGGCGACAGCAACAAGGGCAAGAAGCGCCGGAACAGAACCACCUUCACCAGCUACCAGCUGGAGGAACUGGAGAAGGUUUUCCAAAAGACUCACUAUCCCGACGUCUACGCCCGAGAACAACUCGCGCUCAGGACCGACCUGACGGAAGCCCGUGUGCAGGUUUGGUUUCAGAACCGCAGAGCUAAAUGGAGGAAGAGAGAGCGGUUUGGACAAAUGCAGCAAGUUCGUAGCCACUUCUCCACCGCCUAUGAGUUGCCCAUUCUAACCCGGGAGAACUAUGCACAGAUUCAGAAUCCGUCUUGGAUUGGCAACAACGGCGCCUCGUCUCCAGUGCCGGCCUGCGUGGUGCCCUGUGAAACUGUCACCUCCUGCAUGUCCCCGCACACACACACACACGCAGGGGUGUCCGAGUUCCUGGGUGUCUCGGCUCCGGGCAGCCACGUGGGACAAGGACACAUGGGUGGCCUCUUUGGCACCGCCGGGCUGGGGGCUGCGAUCAACACAUUCGACAUCAGUAACGAGCCAGACCGAAAGUCAUCCAGCAUCGCGGCCUUAAGGAUGAAAGCCAAGGAGCACAGUGCAGCAAUAUCCUGGGCCACAUGAGUGACUUCAUGUCACACAUCCAAACACUGAAAAUAAUACAUUAUUACAGUAUGCUGGACUAAAGACAAACCAGAACAUGGAGAUUUAUAUGCAGCACUUUUCCUAUUAUAGGUUGGUAGGAUUAGAAAGGUUCACUUCUGUUUAGACAUAUUUAUAUUAUACCCUUUGCUGAACGAGCUACACUGUAAGCUAUUCAAAAACACAAGUCUAAUUUGAAAGUGAUAUUCUGUGUAGUUUUAAAUAGUGAAGCUAGUUUUUUUUUUAAACAACGGGGUAUAACAGAAGUAUUAAUUAAUUUAGCAGUAAGAAUUAAACAAAUUUCAGAGGAAAUAGCUUCUACCUUUUGACAAGUGUGAAACCAGACUGUGUGAAAGGGCCCCGACCCAAAACGUCACCUAUCCAUGUUCUCCACAGAUGCUGCCUGACUCGCUGAGUUACUCCAGCACUCUGUGUCUUUUAUUUUGUUGCAUACCCAGCAUCUGCAGUUGCUUGUGCCUGCACAAGGAAAAGGACUGUUUUCUGAAAUAGAUGCAAGCCAAAUUAAACAUUCUCCGGCUUUAAGGAGUUUAAGGAGAAUUGUUGUCACAAGACCUUGGUGAGUGAAGGAAAACCCAGACACUGUAGCACCAACCUGUUGUAAAGUGAGAAAAGCUUUUUGUUCCAGUCAACAAAGUUCAAUUCGAUUCUGAAAAAUCCUUACAACUUGCAAAUCUACAAAUAUCAAUUCAUUACACAUUAAAAAAACAACAUAUUUUCCGUUUUCAAACUGUAAUGGAUUUAUUUCUUGCCAAUUAUGUAAUUCCUGUUUAUGAUAUAGGUUGCUCAUUGGUUGCGACCUAUUCACCCACCACUACUAUGGAUACGAACGUUGAUAGGAUAUUUCAAUAAAACGAACUGGAUAUCAAGUUCAAAUUUGUUAAAUUGUUAAUUCUGCAAAAAAUAUUUACUUGAUUUUAAACAUUAAGAUCCUAUGUGACUAGUCCCAGGCACUGACCCAUAUUAGAAACAGUAGAUUAAGACCUUGCAAAGUUUACACAAUUAAAAUACAAAAGACAUGAAAACGUCUUGUAAAUAAACAAAAAAAAAAGUGUGUGUACUGUGCUAAUAUACCAAAAGUGAAACGUUAUAGUUUUUAAUGUAAUUAUAUUUUGCAACAACCACGCCCAUUGUUAUUACUUAUACUACUGAAGUAGGAGAUUGAAGUCCAGAGUAAUAUAUCGGUUUGGGUGUGUUGUGUACUUUUGACGAAAUAAAGUCUUGAGACAAUUACUGUUAUAACUUGUUGUAAAAUAUUUUAACCAUGUAAACGUCUUUAGCUUUAAUUGCCUUGUUAUAAAAAAAUAAUAGUAGCAAAGGGUGCAAUUAGAUGACAUUCAAUAACAAGUGUUACUGCAUCCAGAGUAGUAUUCAUCAUUACUGUGAGAAUUUAGCAAACUCAUAAUUUGCCUGUGUUAUAUUGUUUUAUGAAUAAGUUAUUGCACUUGGUACCACGAUUUGCAUAUGUAGUUUCCUCGGGAACUCUAAGAGUGGGUCAGGAUGGUGUGUAUUGUUGUGAAAGGUAUAAUCAAUAACCCAAUAAAAAAAAUGUCUUUUUCCUACUGA